CAAAAUAAACAAACAAAAAACUAUUUUCUUGAAGUUGAUUUGUGAAAAAUUUAAAAGAAUUUUCUGAAAAUUUUAUAUUUUCUCAUAAGAAAUGAUUGACAAGAAAACAGAUAAAAAUAAACAAGAACAAAAACCACGCGAUGAUGGUGUUGAACUAGAAAAUCAAUUUAUUUUGAGAAUGCCCGAGGAACCAGCUAAAGUUUUAAGGGAGGCAUUACAACAACCCAACUCUAAUUUAAAAGAUCGCAUGACCAUACAACUGGAUAAUGAUUUGCGUUAUGGUGAAGUAAGAUUUGAUCAUUGGCUACUACAUGCCAAAAUUGUAGAUUUGCCCACCAUUAUCGAGUGUCUCAAAACGAUAGACAAUAAAAGUUUUUACAAAUCUGCCGAUAUAUGUCAAAUGAUGAUUUGCAAGGAAGAGCCAUUAGAUUUGGAUAAAGAAGAAUCACCAAAUAAGGGGAAAAAGAAAGACCCAAAUAAGGUUGAUAAGAAAUUUUUGUGGGCUCAUGGCAUAACGCCACCAUGUAAAAAUGUACGCAAAAGACGUUUUCGUAAAACAUUAAAAAAGAAAAAUGUCGAAGCGCCUGAAAUUGAAAAAGAAGUUAAACGUUUGUUGCGCAUAGACAAUGAUGCUGUCAAAGUGGAGUUUGAAAUUAUAAAUGAAGAUAUAACAAAAUCAUUAUCCGAUUCCCAAAUGAAAGAAGAACGUGAAGGUGAAGAUGACUACAAUGAUGAACAACUUAAUAUGGGUGAUAAGACUAUUAAUGAUGCCUCUUCGCAAAAAGACAUUAAUGUUGAAUCGGAUGGUGAUGAGGAUGAUGGACCCACGGGUUCGGCACCCAUGGGUGGUGUGGGAGAACAUGAUAUUUUCGGCGAAGAAGUUUCCUCUUCGGACGACGAUGAUGAUGUCAAACAUCAUAAUACAUCACAUUUACGAGAUUUGGACGAAACUUCACGUUUAUCAGCAGACGAUUCACGUAUGUCUGAUUUCUCUAUGGGUCACAACAAUACCACAUUGGGAGGCAAUAUAGGUCUUAAUACCUCUAAGGAAGAUAUAAAUGAUUAUAGUAAAGUUUUAUUUGGUAGUCCUAAGGCCGGCGAUGAUGAUCAUUCGAAAUAUGGUGGUUCUAAUUCAAAUUUGGCCGCUCCUGGCUAUUUUGAAGAACGUAAACGUACUUUAUCCGAUGAUGACUCCUCCAAUGAUGCUGUACCCCAAAUGCGUGUCGAUCAAAUACAUGGCAGAAUAUCGGAAUUACGACGUCAGUUGGAAGAAAUUAAGGCACAACAUUCACAAAAGGCUAAGGAAAUAACGUCCAUACAAAAUCCUACAUUACGUCAACGUAUGCAAGAAACUGUUGACAAUUUGGCCAGUCAAAUGGUAGAAAAGGAAUUGGAAUUAAAAGAUUAUGAAAAUAUGCUAUAGAUAGAUUUAUGAUAAAACAUUUGUAGUUUUUGGUUUAAUAUUAUUUUAAUAAUGAAAAUAAAAUUUGCGGAUAAUUAUAAAUAAAAUUAA